AAAAACUUUCCACUUGCUGCUGGUCAGUUAUACCACGUUAUACGCUACGCAUCCGCAAUAAGAAUGAACAACAGUUUGAGGAGUCCGGAGACGAAUCCUUGCGAUGACCUAUUUUGGAAAAGUCGCGGAUAUCCCGAGAAACCCCGAAACUGGCAACAACUUUUAGAGGCCAUGGAUUACCAAACCGACGAAAGUGACCAAAGCAGUUCUGAGACGCAAUUUUCUUCCGACUCUGACACAGAAUCAGACAGCGAAUACGAAGAGCAUCUUCAAAAUAACGAAAACAACAAAGACCAGUUCUGGGGGUCGAGGGGGAGGUCUGAACGCGCUUGUGACUGGCGAGCACGCAUCAACCUUAAUCACUAACCAAUACAUAAAAAUAUAAAAAAUUUAAUUGUACUUAAUCUCGUAUCUUAUAAAUUACUUAAUAAAUAACAAUAUAAAUUCCUAAA